GUCAGGAGAGGGAGGGGGGGUGCGGAUGCCUUUGCAGCAGAGGGACCAAGGAGGAUGCAACGUUAGCCGUGGACAAGAUGCGGACAGGAUAGGACGAAUGGGAUGUUUGGGUGUUUGGCGACAUUGAGACCGGGGGGUGCGGGGGGUGCGCUGCGUGUAGGGCGCCACGCACCGAGACCGCAAUGCCGAGAGGGGAUUGUCAACUAGUUUAGAUAGGAUGUACGGGACCAUCUGGAGGAUGCACUCGAGCGAGACCGUGUCGAAAUGUAUGUGCUGCGCUGCCACCAGUGUUUCCCCUGAUUUACAUAUUUUGGGACUUUCUGUUUAAGGUUUAAACCCGCAACCCUUGGUAGCGAUGGAAAGUGGAGUUUUUCUGCCCUGUCUGGACGAAUUCAUGCUGAGCCCACUUGUCACCUGGGUGAGGACAUUUGUGCCACUAGAUGGGGACAUGCACUUUGACUUCUCUGUACUACUGGAUGGAGUCUUUUUGAAUGAUGUCAUGACACAAAUAAAUCCCUCGGCUACACCUGCAAAGAAAGUGAUCAGGGAUCCGAGUCAGAGGAUCCAGAACCUCAACUAUCUCAUCCAGCAAAUCAAAACAUAUUAUCAGGAUAACCUGAGACAAUUAAUCAUGAUUCCUUUGCCCAACGUGUUGCUGCUUGGCAGGACUCCUUACUGUGAACAAAGUCCGGAGGAAAUGAAUAAGCUUUUGCUACUUCUGUUGGGAUGUGCAGUUCAGUGUGAGGAAAAAGAGGAAUACAUUGAGAGGAUCCAGACACUUGACUUUGAAACAAAAGCUGCCAUAGCUGCACACAUUCAGGAAGUUACCCACAGUCAGGAGAACGUGCUGGAUCUGCAGUGGUUGGAGUCCAGCGAGGUUCCUCCAGCUGAGUUUGAGGCCGCAGCGAGGAACCUGGCCACGCACCUGCGACAUGUGCUGGACCAGAGGGACACCCAUCUGGAGACUAUAGCGGAGCUAAUGCAGGAAAAGGAAGGUGUGGUUAGUCUGCUUAAUAGCCCCUCCAGCCCGCAGUCUGGCAGCUACUCCCCCAGCAUGCAGCAGCAGGCAGGUACUCAACAACACCUGGCUGUGGAGCUGGCUGACUCUAAGGCCAAGCUCAGACGACUUAGACAAGAACUGGAGGAGAAGAGCGAGCAGAUGCUGGACUGCAGACAUGAGCUGGAGAACAUGGAGGUAGAGCUAAAGAGGAUCCAGCAGGAGAACUCCCAACUGCUCGUAGACGCACGCGCAGCGCGCACCUACCGGGACGAGCUGGACGCCCUCAGAGAGAGAGCCGUGAAGGCAGACAAGCUGGAGAGCGAAGUCGGACGCUACAGAGAGCAACUGCACAAGAUGGAGGUCUACAAAGCCAAAGUAGAGGAGUUAAAGGAGGAUAACAGAGUGCUACAGGAGACCAAGGAAGUGCUGGAGGACCAGUUGGCAGGCUUGAGAGCACGCUCCGAUAAAAUACACCAUCUGGAGAAGCACAGUCUGCUGUUGAAGGCCAGGGUCCAUGACAUGGAGCAGGAAAGGGAGGCGGAUCGGAGGCGCACUGAGGAGCUGCAGGAGGAGAACCUCGCUUUGUGUUUGGCUCAAAGGAGGAGCAUGGAGGAGUCCCAGCACCUGGGCUGGGAGUUAGACCAGCUUACCAAGACCACUGAAAGCGCUCAGGGCCACCAGACUCUGAGCGAUGAGGUGAGUGAGAGGACCUGCAGUCGCAUGCUGAAGCUGGAAAAGGAGAACCAAAGUCUCUUGAGGACCAUAGAGGAACUGUCAGCUGCCUCAAUUAACAGCAACACGCAGCCCAAACAUGGCCACCGCCUUGAGCAGGAUCAUGGCUGCCAGGAGACCUGUAGCAUCCACAACAGUAACACCGACGAACCCACAGGGCUUCAAAUAGAAUACCGCACUCAUGCAUUCCCACACGGCGCGGGGGGACAGCAGGUGCUAUUCCAUGCAGAAGAUCUGGAGCAAGUCCAGAGUGAAAUCCUCCUUACAGAAAAUCCAGACCUUCUUGUUCAGGAGAAAGGACAGCUAGAAGAUGUGGAUCAAUUAGACCAUUCAAAAGAAGGCAUGUCUGAUCUGGAGGUCUUAGAAAACAAUCACAAUAGGCGCCGUUGUCUUGUUGGAUCACGUGAUCACUCCCCUGGCUCAAAGGACUGCAGUCCCUGCCAUGACAGCAUCUUCAAAGGUCUGCCAACACAUUCCUCCUAUGCCAGAAAGCACACACGACUGGAGGCCAAGUGCAGGGCCUUGGACACAGUUAACCAGCAUCUACAGACUUCCCUCGAUAACGCUGAGAGGAAAGUUCAGCGGCUGGAGGCAGAGGUUCAGGAGCUGGAGGCAGAGAACCAGAUUCUGCAGGCCAAUUUAGAAGAGAUUCGGAUCUCCGCCCGGCGCCUGGAGCAACUGGAAACAGAUAAGCAAAGCCUGGAGCAAGAAACCACAGCCCUUGAGCGGGAAAAGAGGCAUCUAGAGAAAGAGAAUCGGCGUCUGCGCCAGCAGGCGGAGAUCCAGGAAGCCAAUUUAGACAGCAGCAAUGUGUGCAUGGCCGGCCUGGAAAGGGAGAUGCGUUUUCUAGUCAAGGAGGUGGAGGGGUUAAGGGAGACUGCUGAGAGGGUCAAAGGCCUGGAGAGAGACAACAGAGAAUUGACCAAGCAAGCCGCUAUCGACCAGAGGACCCUGGCCACCCUGCGGGAGGAGCUGGUUAGCGAGAAACUGAAGACCCAACAGAGCGACAAUGAUCUGGAGACGCUGGCCCAUGAGUUUGAAAUGAGGGUCCUCAACCAGGAAAGUGCGCAGCAGGCUGAACAGGAGGCCCCAGACAACAGCAGGUUCAAGAUGCUGGAGUCAGAGUUAGAGUCGGCUCUGAAAAAAUCUCUUCGGAUUAAAGAUGACAAGAUGGCAGCGUUAGAGGCGCGUCUGCUGGAAUCCUCCACCCUGAGCCAGCAGCUGCGCCAAGAGCUCAAGACUGUGAAGCUGAGCUAUGAGGCCUUGCAGCAGAGGCUGGAGGAAGAGUGGACGGCGUCGAGCUGCACCCCGCCCCGAGAGACUGGCAGGGCAAUGGGCCAAUGGCUGCGUGAAAGCCAGGAGGCCACCAAGGAACUGCUGAAGCUCAAAGACCGUCUCAUCGAAGUGGAGAGGAACAAUGCCACACUUGAGGCAGAGCGCCAGGCGAUGCAGUCCCAGCUGAGGCAGCUGGAAAAUCAGUCCGACAGUCAGCAGGCUCAGGUCCUCGCCCUGCAAAGGCAGGCCGCUACACUGCAGGAGAACAACACAGCCCUGCAGACACUCAACGCAAACCUGCAGGUGGAAAAAUCCACACUGAACUCACAGAGUGCUUCCCUCAUGGCCCAGAAUGCCCAGCUGCAGCAGCAGCAGUCAGGGACAGAAAGCGAGCGGGACAAUGCCACACGGGAGCGUGAGGAGCUGCGCAGUGUUCAGGAGCAGCUAUUGAGAGACCACGAGCGGCUGGCAGCUCUACAUGAACGGCAGGCCAUGGAGUACGAGGCCCUAAUGGGCAAGCACGGCUGUUUGAAAAAAGCCCAUCGUACGCUGGAGCUGGAGUAUCGCACGAUGCAGGACAGGUACAAUAGCCUGUUGCAGCAGCGGACCAAGCUGGAAGAUCUGGAGAAAGUUCUGAAGGAGGAGCAAAUGAGGAUGGCUUUGGAGAAAGAACAGCAAAGGACCACCGCUGCUGAGUGUUGCAGGCUCCGUGAUGAGAAGGACCGGCUGAACGACACGUACCGUCAGCUUGCAAACGACAACGAGUCGCUGGCGGCCGAUCACAAAGAGCUCAAGAGCCAGCUAAACGAGGCCAAGCUGGAGCGCACCUGGUUGGAGGCGGACUUUUCCAAACUCAAGAAGGAGUUUCAGCAGCUGGACAUUACCUCCACGAAGCUCACCAACCAGUGUGAGCUGCUGAGCCAGUUGAAGGGCAACCUGGAGGAAGAGAGUCGCCACCUGCUCGGCCAGAUCGAGACCCUGAUGCUACAGAACCGAACCCUGCUGGAGCAGACCAUGGAGAGCAAGGAUCUGUUUCACGUUGAAGAGCGACAGUAUAUUGACAAGCUUAAUGAUUUGAGGAGACAAAAGGAGAAGCUGGAGGAAAAGAUAAUGGACCAGUACAAGUUUUAUGAGCCAUCGCCUCCACGUCGACGUGGAAACUGGAUAACUUUGAAACUGAAGAAGUUGAUCAAAUCGAAUAGCCGUGAGCACGGACCCGACCGCCCACCAACGCCCACACACUCAGGCGCUGCUGAGCCGCACCUCUCGUGCCACGACAACAACUCCUUCAUCAGUGCCGAUGGCUCUGGAGGCUCGGCCCCCACCUCAGCAGGUGAUGCCGUCUCACCCCAGCGCAACAGCACCACCAAAAUGUUUCCCCGUAUGAGGAACAGGCUGAAGGACAGAGACAAAGUGAAGUCCCUCUUCCGGCGUUCCAUGUACAAGGAUUCAAAUGAUGCUGCUCUGCCAUCUGGAUUUGAGGACAACGACGAGCUGCAAAAUCAUGGGCUGAAUGGCGUCAAGAGUCGAGCCCAGAGUGAGAGCAGUGGUGAGUUCAACGUGAGCCUGGAGAAUGAGCCGUGGUCAAAUGGCAGCAGCCCUGUCCAGCACCCCCCGUCACGUUGCUCCUCCUCCUCCUCCUUCCAGCCUCCCAGCGAUACUUCCACCCCUCAACACAGACAGAAGCAGCACGAGGAGGAGAAAGCUUCUAUCAUGCCUGUCACAAACAGCCAAAAUUCAGUUCUCCAGUCUUUACCAAGACAGAAAAAUCCUGUGAUUUCUCAGGACUUCUGGCUCACAAGGGGCACAAAGAGCAUCCGAAGGGGGUCAAGAGGGAAAUUGACUCGUCGGUCGUCAGAUUCAGCUGGUGCAGUCAAAACAAACCCAGGACUCAAUGGGAUGAGUUUAAAAUCGUCCUCUAACAAAGCUGAAACAAGCCGGGCCCUAGCUUGUUCACCUAUCACAGUGCUGUAUGUUCAGGGCAAAUCUUCCUCAAUGUCUGGCUGCCUCAAUUGCUUCUCCACCCCUCUCGGGAAAGAGGGGCGACAGAAGGGGUCAAGGUUGCCAAAAAGUCUCCCCCGAGCCAGCGAUGUCAUUUCCACUGCAGAAGGAUCGUCCCGACGCUGCAGUGUGAACAGUGACUGCAGGGUGAUGGUCAAGACUAACCCUCUCUCCAUUCAGGUGUCAGAUAAGAGCAGUAAACGAGAGGAAGCCCAGAGUCAACCUGAACCUGAGACAAAUAACAGUGAGCCUGAGCCCAUGCCUCCAGUUAAGCCUCCGAGAGACCCAACAGUUGUUCCCACAGACAGCCCCAAAUCUCCCGUGCAGGAGUCCCUUCUUGGCUCUUCUUUCACUUUCAAAUCUGUCUUCUCAAACACCAUUUUCAGUGAAUCUGUGGUCACUACCAUGAAUGGUCUGGAUACCCUUGAAAACAACCAGAUAUCUCUCUGUCCGAAUCCAUCCCUGGUGCAAAAUGGUCCAAUUGAGAGCCAGGAGUCGCCUCCUAACGAACCACAAACGCUGCUCAGCGUGGUUAAUGAGCAGAGUCAAAAUGCACCGGGGCAGGAGGAGCAUGACAAGCCACUCACAAGUGCAUGAAAGCAGCUGUCACAUUAUUGAAUAUUGUGUAGUUGAAUACAGCUGGUAUCUGCAACUCCACUUUUCAUCACGUCCACAGAAGCACACAAUUAUAGUCACUCUAAUGUAAAAUGUAUAAACGCCUGGUUAUAACAUAAUCCUAAAGGGUAUUUUUAGUUACUUUUGGAUUUUCUUUCCCACACAUGUUGUAACAUUCCCUGCCCUCAAGGCAUGUUCAUAUACCUGAGUCAUUGUUCACAGUAUUAUCUUUCCAUUUUGGUUCCAUUCUGGUUGUCUUUUUGGACAAUUCAGUUUCAUACAACUUAAAGUACGGAUCGAUGUCCUUCUUUUGCCCAUUUUAAAUUAUAUUGUUGUUUAACCCGUUUACUUUACCACAAUGAAAAUCCUGUGAUGUAAUAUUUGUGUUUGCCACAAUUGGAAUAAUUUCUGCUUUUAAUAUUUAUGUCCUGUCCCUCAGAUAGAUUUGUCUAAAUUAUUACAUGUUGAUUGCUGUGUCUGUAAGAUUUGAAUGUGAGCAUUGGGUAAAUUUGACAUUCAUAUCUGUGAAACUGUAAAUCUUGUAAAUUAGGAUGUCUACCCGAAUGCCAUUUUACCUUAGAUAAAGAAACCCUCUAUGCAGACAAAUUAUGAAUAAACGUUUCAAACUU